AUGGCGAAGAACGUGUUGGUGACGGGCGGAGCGGGAUUCAUCGGAUCCCACACCUCGCUGGCUCUCCUGGAGCAUGGCUACAAUGUGACGGUGAUCGACAACCUGGAGAAUUCCAAGGAGGAGGCGUUUUACCGCAUGAAGGAGCUGGCUGGGGACCGCAAGGAUGCCCUCACCUUCAUCAAGGGCGACCUGCGUGACUUUGCCACCCUGGACAAGAUCUUUGCCGAGACCAAGUUCACCGCGGUGGUGCACUUUGCGGCUCGCAAGUAUGUGAACGAGAGCGUGGAGGACCCGCUUCGAUACUACGACCACAAUGUCUGCGGCACGGUGAACCUGGCCCGCGCCAUGCAGAAGCACGGCGUGAAGAAGCUGGUCUUCUCCUCCUCCUGCACCGUGUACGGUAACCCCCAGCGCGUCCCCAUCGACGAGAGCCACCCGCUGUGCGCCGUCUCCCCCUACGGCCGCACCAAGAUCAUCAACGAGGACAUCUUCCGUGACCUGCACGCCAGCGACAAGGAGUGGCGCAUCGUCCUCUUGCGCUACUUCAACCCCGUCGGCGCACACCCCUCUGGUCGCAUCGGGGAGGACCAGGUGAAGCUGAACAACCUGAUGCCCUGGGUACAGGCCGUGGCCCUGGGCCACCGCCCCGAGCUGGCGGUGUACGGCACCGACUACGCGACCGAGGACGGGACCUGCGUCCGCGACUACAUCCACGUCAUGGACCUGGCGGAGGGUCACGUGGGCGCGGUGCGCAAGACCGAGGAGACCGAGGGCCUGGGCACCGUGGCCUACAACCUGGGCACGGGCAAGGGCACCACCGUCCUCCAGAUGGUCCACGGUUUUGAGGCGGCCAGCGGGCUCAAGGUGAAGACCAAGCUGGUGGGGCGGCGGCCGGGCGACGCCGAGGCGGUGUGGGCCGCCACCGACACCGCCGAGCGCGAGCUGGGCUGGAAGGCCAAGCUGACGGUCAAGGAUAUGUGCGAGGACCAGUGGCGCUGGGCCUCCAACAACCCCGACGGCUACGACACCGCCGCCACCGCUGCGGCACGCUGA